AUGGCGGCCUCUCAGCUGGCAGCGCUGGAAGGAGCCGAGCUGGAUUCUGGGGCUGAGCCCGCAGCCGAGGCCUUGCCUGCCUACCUGUACUCCGAGGGCCAGCGGCUGGCACUUGAGGCCCUGCUGAGUAGCGGCACCGAAGCCUUCCAGGCCUGUGUGCAGCGCGAGGGACUUCGGCCCUUCCUCAGCGGGGACGAGCUCCAGGGCCUGGCCGCCGCCGCCGAGGACUGGAACUCGGGCAGGCCCGAGCCGAGCAACACAGCUGAGGGCGCCACGGUGGACGGAGACCCGGGCAGCCUCACCUACUGGCCGGGACAGUCGGAGGAGCCGCUGCCUAUGCUGCGGCUGGGCUGGCCGGAAGAUGGAGCGUGGAAAGGCUUCACCCGGGCACAGCUGUACACGCAGCCCCCUGACCCGGGCCAGCCCCCACUCAAGGAGGUGGUGCGCCGGGAAAUCCGCGCCGCGCAAAAGUUGGUGGCCUUGGUCAUGGAUGUCUUCACCGACCCAGACCUGCUGUCCGACCUCGUGAACACAGCCACGUGCCGCUGGGUGCCUGUCUACGUGCUCCUGGACUGCCAGCAGCUGCCCGCCUUCCUGGAGCUGGCCCAGCAUCUGGGGGUGAACCCCUGGGCCACAGAGAACCUGGACAUCCGCGUGGUGCUCGGCUGCAGCUUCCAGAGCCGCCAGCGCCGGCAGGUGAAGGGCAGCGUGAGGGAGAAGUUCAUGCUGCUGGAUGGAGAGAGAGUGGUCACCGGCUCCUACAGCUUCACCUGGAGUGACUCCCGCUUGAACCGCGGCCUGCUGACCCUGCUUACGGGCGAGAUCGCCGGCGCCUUCAGCCGAGAGUUUCGGACCCUGUAUGCCACCUCCCGGCCACUCCCGCCAGCGCCCACCCUGGUGCACGCAUCCAGUUCUCCUGGGGCUCAGCCGCCUCCCCCCAGCCCCCACCGCGUGGUCCAUCGCUAUUCUGUGUCACCACCGGCCUUGCCGGAAACCUCUCUGGCCACACGCCUGGCCGCCUGCCGGGCCCUGAGGGAUGGACACUACCCUCCCAGACCCCCAAUGCCGGCACUCAGUGACAUCCUGAGGACCGUGCAGCGCGCCGGAACACCCAGCAGAACCCCAGCCCGGCCUAGCCGCUCUCUGUGGGAUCUGAGCCACCUGUCCCAGCUGUCCGGCUCCAGUGACAGUGACACCAACAGUAGUGAGCUCAGAAGGUCCUGGGAUGCCAAAGACACCCCGGCCAAGGCCCUGAUGAGACAUCGGGGUGCUGGUGGGGGCCCCCGCGCCGAGGUAGACUCCCGUCUGCCAUCCCUGUCACCUGGCCGCCACCUUCACUACCUGUCCACAUCCCCACGGCGGUGGUUUGGGGACGACACAGCCAACAGGCUCUUGGACCACAGGAGCACCCAGCCGCCAGACUGGAACCCCGUGACUGGAUUUGGGGCACGGCCCUGA